GAAAAAAUUGAUAAAGUUGAAAGAAUAACAAAAAAAAAACAAAAGAGAGAUUGCAUUUACCUCCCCUAAAACAAAUAUCGAAGCCGAAGCUCAUGUAGGAAGCAGAUCUUUGCCUACCUUCACAAACUUCAUGGUUAAUAUAGUAGAGAGCCUAUUGAACUCAAUUCAUGUACUUCCAAGUAGAAAACAACAUCUAAAUAUUCUCCGGGAUGUUAAUGGAAUUAUAAAGCCAGCCAGAAUGACAUUGCUUUUAGGCCCUCCAGGUUCUGGAAAAACCACAUUCCUUUUGGCCUUGGCUGGAAAACUUGAUCCUAAAUUGAAGUUUGCUGGAAAGGUGACUUAUAAUGGUCAUGCAAUGAAUGAAUUUGUGCCUCAAAGAACUGCUGCUUAUGUGGAUCAAAAUGAUCUUCACAUGGGAGAAAUGACUGUUAGAGAAACCUUGGCAUUCUCAGCAAGAGUUCAAGGCGUUGGAGCUCGUUAUGACUUGCUAGCAGACUUGUCCAGAAGAGAAAAACAGGCAAAUAUCAUGCCUGAUCAAGAUAUUGAUGUGUACAUGAAGGCUAUAGCAACUGAAGGCCAGAAGGCAAAUUUGAUAACAGAUUAUGUCUUAAGGGUUUUGGGACUAGAGGUUUGUGCUGAUACUGUUGUAGGAAGUGCAAUGUUAAGAGGUAUCUCUGGCGGACAAAAGAAACGUGUUACAACAGGGGAGAUGUUGGUUGGACCGGCUAAAGCGCUAUUCAUGGAUGAAAUAUCUACUGGUUUAGAUAGUUCAACAACCUUUCAAAUUGUGAAUUCAGUGAAGCAGUAUAUCCACAUUUUCAAAGGAACUGCAGUCAUCUCACUCCUACAGCCACCACCAGAGACUUACAAUCUUUUUGAUGACAUUAUUCUACUCUCUGAUAGUCACAUUAUCUACCAAGGUCCACGGGAACAUGUGCUUGAAUUUUUCGAAUCAAUGGGUUUUAAAUGUCCUAAUAGGAAAGGAGUUGCCGAUUUUUUGCAAGAAGUAACAUCAAGGAAAGACCAAGAGCAGUACUGGGAACACAAAGAUCAGCCUUAUAGAUUUGUCACAUCUGAAGAGUUUUCUGAGGCAUUUCAAUUAUUUCAUGUUGGUAGAAGACUUGGUGAUGAACUUGGUACUAAAUUUGACAAGUCAAAGAGUCACCCAGCUGCCUUGACAACCAAGAGAUAUGGACUAGGAAAAUGGGAACUGUUAAAAGCUUGCUUAUCAAGAGAAUACUUACUUAUGAAGCGCAAUUCGUUUGUCUAUAUCUUCAAGCUUUGCCAAUUAUCUGUAAUGGCAAUGAUUGUCAUGACAAUCUUCAUUCGGACUGAGAUGCAUACAGAUUCAGUAACUCAUGGAGGUAUAUAUCUAGGUGCGUUGUUCUAUGCCGUCUUUGUGAUCAUGUUCAAUGGAAUGGCUGAACUUUCCAUGGUAGUUACAAGGCUUCCUGUGUUCUACAAGCAUAGAGAAUACCUCUUUUUCCCUCCAUGGGCAUAUGCUCUUCCUGUCUGGAUCCUGAAAAUCCCCAUCACUCUUUUGGAAGUUGGUGUUUGGGUAUUCCUCACCUACUAUGUCAUUGGUUUUGAUCCAUAUAUUGGAAGGUUAUUUAGGCAAUACCUUGUUCUUGUACUAGUAAACCAGAUGGCUUAUGGAUUAUUCAGAUUCAUUGCAGCAGUUGGGAGGGAUAUGACUGUGGCUCUAACAUUUGGGUCAUUUGCACUUUCCAUCCUUUUUUGUAUGAGUGGUUUUGUCUUAUCAAAAGACAAUAUAAAAAAAUGGUGGAUAUGGGGCUUCUGGAUAUCACCUAUGAUGUAUGGACAAAAUGCUAUUGUAAAUAAUGAAUUCCUUGGGAAUAGAUGGAAACAUGUUCUUCCUAACUCAAUGGAGCCAAUAGGAGUUGAAAUUUUGAAAUCUCGUGGGUUCUUCACUCAGUCAUACUGGUAUUGGAUAUGUGUUGGUGCUUUGUUUGGAUAUACAUUAAUUUUCAACUUUGGCUAUAUCCUUGCUCUCACUUUCUUGAAUCCACUUGGGAAGCAUCAAACUAUUAUACCAGAAGAUUCUCAAAACAAUGAGCAAAAUGGUGGUAGCAGAAAAAGAACUAAUGUUUUGAAGUUCAUAAAGGAUAGCUUUUCACAGCAUUCAAAUAAAGUGAGAAAUGGAGAAAGUAGAAGUGCAAUAACCUCUUCUAGUACUCUAUCCAAUAGACAAGAAAUGGUUGCAGCAGAUAGAAACCAUAGUAGGAAAAGAGGAAUGGUUCUUCCUUUUGAACCACAUUGUAUCACAUUUGAUGAAGUAACAUAUUCCGUAGACAUGCCUCAGGAAAUGAGAAACCGAGGCAUUAUUGAGGAUAAGCUGGUUCUUUUGAAAGGUGUCAGUGGUGCUUUCAGACCAGGUGUUCUCACUGCUCUGAUGGGUGUGUCUGGUGCUGGCAAAACAACUCUUAUGGAUGUGCUUUCUGGUAGAAAAACUGGAGGAUAUAUCAGUGGGAACGUCACAAUUUCCAGCUUUCCAAAGAAGCAAGAAACCUUUGCAAGAAUUUCUGGAUACUGUGAGCAAAAUGAUAUCCACUCUCCUUAUGUCACUAUUUAUGAAUCCUUACUCUAUUCUGCAUGGCUCCGAUUGUCCAUAGACAACAAUGCUGAAACCAGAAAGAUGUUCAUUGAGGAAGUCAUGGAACUUGUGGAACUAAAACCGCUGCGAAAUGCAUUAGUAGGAUUGCCUGGCGUUAGUGGUCUCUCAACGGAGCAACGCAAAAGGUUGACUAUUGCGGUUGAGUUGGUAGCUAAUCCUUCUAUUAUAUUCAUGGAUGAGCCAACUUCUGGGCUAGAUGCAAGAGCAGCAGCUGUUGUGAUGAGAACAGUUAGGAACACAGUUGACACCGGAAGAACAGUUGUUUGUACCAUCCACCAGCCUAGCAUUGAUAUAUUUGAAUCUUUUGAUGAGCUUUUGCUACUUAAGCAAGGAGGGCAAGAGAUAUAUGUGGGGCCACUUGGACAUCAUUCUUCCAAAUUAAUCAGUUACUUUGAGGGAAUCCAAGGUGUUAGCAAGAUUAAAGACGGUUAUAAUCCUGCAACUUGGAUGUUGGAAGUCACAACUUCAUCUAAAGAAGUGGAAUUGGGGAUUGAUUUUACAGAGGUGUACAAAAAUUCAGAGUUAUACAGGAGAAACAAAGCACUUAUAAAAGAAUUGAGUACUCCUGCUCCUGAUUCAAAUGAUCUUCAUUUUACUUCACAGUAUUCAAGAUCCUUUUUGACACAAUGCAUGGCUUGCUUAUGGAAACAACAUUGGUCUUACUGGCGCAAUCCUUUAUACACUGCCAUAAGAUUUAUUUAUUCAACUAUGGUAGCUGUUUUGCUUGGGACCAUGUAUUGGAACCUUGGUAGCAAAAUUGAAAAGCAACAAGAUCUUUUUAAUGCCAUGGGGUCUAUGUAUUCUGCUGUUCUCCUAAUAGGAAUCAAGAAUGGUAAUUCAGUGCAACCAGUGGUUGCUGUUGAAAGAACGGUCUUUUAUAGAGAAAGAGCAGCUGGAAUGUAUUCAGCUUUUCCAUACGCUUUUGCUCAGGUUAUAAUUGAGCUCCCAUAUGUUUUUGUGCAAGCUGUGGUGUAUGGCUUUAUAGUUUAUGCUAUGAUUGGUUUUGAGUGGACUGUAGCUAAAUUUUUGUGGUUCCUAUUCUUCAUGUAUUUCUCCUUCCUUUUCUUCACAUACUAUGGCAUGAUGGCAGUAGCCAUGACCCCAAAUAACCACAUUUCGACUAUAGUUGCCUCUGCAUUUUAUAUAAUGUGGAAUCUCUUCUCAGGAUUCGUAGUCCCAAGACCAAGGAUUCCAAUGUGGUGGAGGUGGUACAGUUGGUUAAAUCCAGUGGCUUGGAGUUUGUAUGGAUUGGUGACUUCACAAUAUGGAGAUUUGAAACACAUUAUUGAAUCAACUGAUGGAAAACAAACAGUAGAAGGCUUUUUGAGAAGUUACUUUGGUUUCAAUCAUCAUUUUCUACGAGUGGUUGCUCUUUUCAAUGUUCUAUUUCCAGUAGUUUUUGCUUUCGUCUUUGCCAUAUCAAUCAAGUUUUUUAAUUUCCAACGGCGUUAAGAACAACAUUCAACUUUUUUGUAUGUGUAUAGGAAAAUAUCUCUUGCUGUAUUUUUUAAUUACCAACUAAAUAUUGUAUUAUUUAUAGCUAGAAA